UUCAGUGGUCAAGUCUUCAAAGGCUUUCUGAGCAGUGGAAGUUUUUGCAUCUGGAAAGCUCUCCUGAGCUACAGUCUUCAGUGCCAAAAUUGGUCUGUGAAGGCAGUUCAUUUUGUGAAACCCAACCCUACUGCACUUGAAAAGAACAGCAAGCACAGAAGGACAACAACUCACCCGUACUCUUAAUUGAUCUGGUAUUUCUACAAGACAGCUGGAUGGGGAAGAACAGUUCAGCUCUCUGUCUGCUUUGAUUGUGCCUCCCUUCCAGGCUGACUAACUACACUGAGCCACGCUAGGACACUAACUUCUACCAUACAUAGAUUCCCACAGAAGAACGGAACAAUCCCACGGGACAAAUGUCAGCUUUCAACAUACGAAAACAGUCUCCUAAUCAAGGCGAUAAGAAGAGCCCCUCUGUUGCAAUUAAAAGCAGACAACAGGCUACUCAUGAUAUUAAUAAACGACGGACCCUUUUGCAAGAUAACAGCUGGAUAAAGAAGAGGCCUGAGGAGGAAAGUGCUGAUGAAAACUAUGGAAGGGCAGUGCUUAACCAAUACAAAUCCCAAGAUAGCCUACACAGCAGUAGCACAAGUGAAAAGGAAGAUCAGAAAGCUGUUCUUGGACGAUACAGGUCUGAUACCACCUUGGACAGAAUUCCAGCUGGAAGUGAUACUGAUAAAAUAAAUAAAUCCCCAACUCUGAACCAUAAGCAAAACAACAGACAAUCUUGGACUCCUAAUGCAGCAUCCACAACCACUGCAGUCACUUCUCCAGUCAAGAAAAAGAGGCAAUCUUGGAUGCCUCCCCCAGUUUCGAGUAGUAAGACUUCGACAGAAAAAGUGGAAAGCAAAGGAACCACUUCAGAAAAUUCAGAGGCUCCAACAACGGCUGCCCCUUCAUUAGACCAGGUGACCCCUCAGAAAUUAGAGACUGAUGUGGACGAUCAAGCUACAGCAAGGAACCAAGACCUCAAUAACCUCAGCAAGGCGAAUUCAAGUUCUUUCACAAGUGACAAGGAAGGAAAAGACCUUUCAGAUUUGACUGAAAAAAAUACUGCUGAUCAGAAAAAUAAGAGAGAUGAGGACCUUGGGGAUCACACUGAAGUAAAGUCUGCUGAUGACCAAAGUAAAAAGCGGAUAAUUGAGAAAGCAUAUGAAAAUCCUCCAAGGGCUCCAAAUAAUCUCCCAGAAAUAAACUACUCUAGUGACAGUGAAAGAAAGACCAGCAAAUCAUCACUUGGUGCCUAUGAAGAAAAUAUAACUGGAAAUACUAUCAAAACUGUUUAUUCUACUUCUGAUCGGAGUAUAAUUGGAAAAGAUAUCUGUACAUACUGCAGGAAGCCCUUGGGCAUAGAUGCCAAAAUGAUCUUAGAUGCCUUGCAAAUUUACUGUCAUUCGACUUGCUUCAAGUGUGAAGUAUGUAGGAGACCUCUGGAAGAUCUAAAAGCAGGAGACAGCAUUUGGAUUUACAAACAAACUGUGCACUGUGAGCCUUGUUAUUCCAAAGUUAAAGAAAAAUGGAUCUACUAAUUUUGACAUACAGAACAUAUGAUGAAGAAAAUACUAUUGUUUAGUUAACUGUAUUGGCCUGUUAAUUCAAAACACUGGGAAAUUAUUCAUUUUUACUGCUGGGAAUUCUCUGAAUGAAGUCCUACUGCAUGGUUCUUAAAAGAAUUAUUUUAAUGAGAAUUUAGCUGCAUUUUCAUACACACAUUGCAGGAAUCAAAACAAGAUAUUGGUCAAUGUAUUUAUCAGAUCUGUGAAACCACUAAAUUUUAUGUAAAAUCAAUGAUAAUUUAUUGAAAUUUUCUGAAUGCCAGGACAUUCCUACAUAUUUGUUUUGAAGGGGCUGUAUUCUCUUUUCCUCUAAUAUAAAGACCUGUUUGCUUAAUACAGCAUGAAUGGUAAUCUCCUCAUCAAGAUUAGCCAUUGAGAAGUCAGUUACUCAGUUUAAACUACUGUUUUUCAUGUAGAGGGAAGUGGGUUCAUAUUGCACCUUCAGUUCAAGGGGAGACAUCAAACUCCAGAAAAAGGUUCUUCCCAAAUAACUUAAAUUAUAAGUUUGAGACAGAACAAAUGAUUUUUGGAAAAUGCAUCUCUACUACUGCAAAAGGAAUCUGGACAAAAAUUGCUAGAGGGUUUUAAGAACUACCCCACUCCAUUUAGUAGUUUAAGAACUACCCCACUUGCAAUUCUGGUAACUAUUUAAUUACCAUUUUUUAAGAAGUGCAUACUUAAUAGUUGCCAUGAAAUAAUGAAAUACCUACGUUGCAUGACAGUAUGUUGUUGUAUUUAUCUUUCCUAGUUUUAUUAAACUGACUAUUGAAACACUUUGGAUGGAUUAAUCUUGCCUAAAUUUAUACAUCUACAGUGUAGAUUUCUGUUUCUGAGUUACUUGAUCUAUUCUACUUUAUAUAGAGAAGCAGAUAUUUGUAGAAAGCAAUUCAGUUGGUCAGAUUGCAAACAUCUAUUUUACUGUGACAUUAACCAAUGUACAUAUUUACUUCCAUGGUUUGCAAAGAAACCUGGAAUGAACAGCUCUAGAUUUCUAGACAUCUACACCGUGUCAGUUGCACUCCUUCCUUUGAGACUACAGUGAAACCUUUUUUUUUUCCUUUUGGAGAGAAUAUAAGUAUUGAAACUGAAAGAAGAAUUAAUGCUUUGUUAUAAUAUGUUGCCUAAAAUAAUCAAUAGUUCAGUAGCUUACUGGACAGAAAAAGGUAUUGACUACUGUCAUGAGAUGCUUUAGAUUAUGGUUUAUUCAGAACUGAUUUUUCUACCUUACAUCUCAGUUUAAAUGGACUUCCUGGACAUGACAAAGACAAAGUUAGUGUUUGAAGGCUGCUGGACCUAGGCGAGAGCUUAAAAGCAUGCUAAGUAUUAAAGCCAUAGGUUAAUAAUAGACUGGUGAGUGGCUGUCCCAGUCAAACUCUCUCUCCUUGACUGCACAUUUCGUAGGGGAGGCAGGAUGUAUGGAUGUCUGUGUAAUUUAAACCACUCGGCCUGCAGCUGAGUAAGGAUGUUGUCUGGCGUAAAGGAUGUUCAGACUGAUUAUGCAAUGGAGACAUGAGACAGCAGAUACUUUGUUUUGUUAAUGUUAUUAAUAUCUUAUGAAUUAAUGUCAGUAACUCUAAUAAAUCUUUAGUUAUUGAUA